UCGAUACAUCCGUAAACAAAACCGUAGCGGAUUCCAGCGACGCCUAGCAACGCAUAAACACCUUCUUGAAACUCAGAAACGUCAGAAGUUGCUUCGAAGAUGGACGACGAGAUAUCGGUUGAAGUUGCCUCCACUACACUGGAGGCAAUUAGUGGAACCCAGAUCGCCGUGGUCAAAAGUAAACCUGAACUAAGUGCCAGCACCGUCGUCGAGGAACUGCGUUUGAGGUCUAAGUCAAAAACUAAUGUUCCGUUGGUGCCAAAGCUGAGCUGCGAAAAGCUGACCAUCAAUGAUAGCCAAGAUCCGAGUUACAGGCACCUCCAGUUGCCCUAUUACGUGGUCUGUAGGCAGAGGUACACGAAAGCUGCCACCAAACAAAGACUUCAGUUCUUGAAGGAAGUCAGGAAGCAGGAGAUAUCGCAGUCGAGGGCACUGAGUGGUGUUCGGAUUCACAGGGAGUUUCUCAAUCCCGUGAUAACGCCGCCGAAAGCCGAGGAUGUUAUCAAUCUGACACCGAAACAGAAGUUCAAAAUACAACAGCUACUGAGGGAUUGAAAUAUUUUAUUUUACUAUUUUUUUUUUAACGAGAUGUGUACAACUUCUGACAAAUUGGAGAUUAACGAUACAUUAUACAAAUAAAAUACAUACACAAA